UUACGACUUCCUCUUGAGCUAUGAUACGAGCUGGAAUUGCUAACAACAGUGCUAAUACCAUGGCGCUUUCUCAUUCAGUCAUAAUAACGUCAUACAUUUCAGCAAAACGCAAAGUCGCGUAUUACCAUUGAGAGCAGCGGCGGUGUCAUAUGAAGUAUUCAGAUAGACAUCUUGAGCAUACCAGACGGGGAACCAAAAUCAUUCCUUCAACAGUGAUGGCAUAUCAACGCUGUCGAAAAUCAAUUAGAGAGGAGUAUGAGGAGCAGUUCCCCGCAUUGGAUGGAAGAGAGGUGACAGUCCAUCGAGUUGUUAAUAUUGUUGAAAAGAAGAACCCUAUGCCUCGACCAGGGAUAGAAUUUGACAGAGGCUUUAAUGAUGACCAGUGGUAUGGUGGUCCUCGAAAUUACCAGGACGCAAGAGAAUGUCACGGUGAAGGCAGUUACCCAUCCAAUGAACGCCGAUACUUUGAUGACAAUCCCAAUUUUCGCAGAAAUUCUUCACAGCCUCGAAAUGAGGGCCCGUACUCCCAACAGUGUUAUAGCAGAGAUGAUUUGAGGCAUCAGUUAGGCUCAAGGAACAGUCGCAGAACUCGGCCCUAUUUCCGCAACAGAGGCCGAGGGUCCGGCCCUCCUCAAAGAGAGGACCACAGUGACUACCGGAUCUCUGCGCCUGUGGCAGCCAAACGGGAACGCUCUCCCGGAAGCAGGGAAGCCCAGCCACCAGUCCGCUCCGGAUCAAACACCAGCAACAGGAGCUUCUCCCCAGACAGGGACAAAGGCUACACGCACCAGCAGGCCCAGAAAAAGCAUAAACCCAAUGUGCUGACGAGCCACGCUCCCAGCAGCUCUGUGGAGGGGUCUCCUCACAGCUCAGGAUCUUCAAAGGAAAAAACCCCUGCAUCUGCAGCGGAGACGGAGGAGGCGGUGGCUGCCAGCAUGGAGCCAAAGCUGACACCAGAGGACGGCUUCAAGGCUCGCCGGUUGGAGGCCAUUAAAGCUAAGGCUCUGGAAAUUGAGAAGCAUUACAGGCAGGACUGUGAGACAUUUUGCACAGUGGUGAAGAUGUUGGUGGCCAAGGAGCCCAGUUUGGGUAAUCUGCUGCAGGCUCCACUGGAUGAGAACCUGUUGGAGAUCAAACAGCGCUGCCUAGAGUCCCUAAGGCACUUUGUGAAGGAGCUGGACGAGACCAUUGGCCGAGGAGGAGACAGGCCUGACCUUGGCAGCCCCCACACAUCGUCUACCACACACAUGCAGACAGAAGAGGAUUUUUCGCACCAAUGUUGCACCAACACCACUUGCACUGAUGAAAAACAAGAGGGAAGUAGGCAACCUGCAAAUAGAGGGGACUCUGCCCCUGUCCCAGCCGGGAAUCAAGGAGAAGGAAGAGGAAAGCACACUGGGGACACAGAGGAUUCCACAUCUGUCCCAGAAACAUGUAGACCUGGGAGACCAGAGAAUCUGGCUACUCCUGGAUCAGAAGAUAGUCACUCUGAGCCGAUGGAGUUGCUGUCUGUGAGCCCCCUGCCUCCUGCUCAGCAAGGCCUUCAAAAGCGCCUGCAGCUGUACAACAGCAAGGGUGAAAAAUUCAGUUGUACCCAUCUCUCAAAUCCUCAGGCCUGGCAGGAUAUAACCUAUGCAAGGCCAGGAUGGAUACCAGACCACCUGCCAUAUCUAACACCGGGUAAACGGUAUUGGGAACUCAGGGCUAACAGCACUGUUGUCUUUAGAGGUACUCCGCCAUAUGGAGAAGGUCAGAAGAAGGAGAAGGUUGCCUGUGGAGUCACCUGUUACAUACACGUCGAAGGCCCUUGGUGCGAGGUCCAGUCCCACAAUGGGACCAGGAUCUGUGCCCUCGCUGCCCCUCCAACAACUGCCUGGAUCUCACCUGUGAUCAUGCAGGGACCACCAGAGCUGAAUGCAAGAGAGGGUUUAAGGAGAAGGCCAAGAGUGCAUUCUGCCAGCGUUCCCUAUCUGAGCAAGCAAAAGGGGAGUCAAGCUUAAGAGAUGAAAAAACAUGCUCUAAUUUAAGCUUUUCCUCAAAAACCAUUAACUUCACCCUGCUUGGGUGAAUCAUGGAUGCAUGUUGUGUAUAACCAAAGAGGCGUGUUGUAUUCAGUGUUUAACCAUGUAUAGACAAAGACACCCUGUUAUACAGCAGGAGUGGAAACCCCCUCAGCUCCACUGUAAAAAAAGGAACAGUAGCAUAAAGAGAGCACAUGGAGAGAACACAGAACACACAAGAAGAGUUUAGAGAGACUAAAGCAGUACCCUUCAUGGGGCAAAAUCUAGAAGCGCAGCCUUUAAUACUGUUGACCAUAUAAUCUUUCGUCAGUGCCUUGACCACUCUUUAGGCCUUAGGGGCACAGUUCUUAACUGCCUUUGCUCUGAUUGUACUGGAAAAUCAUUCUCUGUUUCUAUUGGCAACUUUGAAUCAGAUCACGUCAGGAUUCAAUAUGGAGUCCCUCAGGGCUCAAUUCUUGGUGCACUGGUGUUUAGUUUGUUUAUGCCACCACCUUGCUUUUUAUUUUGAAGUGCAUUGAGUCUACUCCUUUUGAAUGAAAUAGGCUAUAUAAGUAUUUUGAUCGUUUCCAUUCUCUCACCUAAGGCUGCUUCAGUGACACUUUGGUCAAUUUGAGACCCCUUGGCUUUAUGAUUCUCUACAAAAAUUCAAAUCUUAGCCACUGAGACAGAUGGGCUAGCACUAGAGGUGUUGUGACAGGAGCCCUAGGUAGAGAGGUACUGAUACUGAUAACCUCUAGAAGUAAAGAUACCUUCUUAACACAUCCUGAAAAUCCUGAUCAGCUGGGCAGGAGGUAGUGUAGUAGAUCAGUAAAGUAUGUAUUAAAAAAUUCUGAAGGUGGCACUUUUCCACAUCCUGAGGCAUAAAUAGAUUAAAUACACAAUGCCAGAUUAAGUAACUGUUAAAAUGGAUGUACUGUUGUGGAGUACCUAUACUAUUAUUCAAAGUAAAAUCAAAAGGGUCUUAACACUUAAUACACCCUGAAAUUUGCUGUGUAAUGUCCUGCAAUUUAUAGUGUAAUUUCAUUUUAUGAAUUGCUACGUAUAAAAUACUUAGAGAUUCUUACUGGUACUUAAAGCAGAAUAAACCAGACAAAGGGAAAUAAGAGGGAAACAAGUGGAAAUUUUAGAGGAAAGGAGAAAAAAUAAUAUUGUGUAAAGUAUUGGGUACCUGCAGGAUACAGUGCUGGUAAACACAGUAUCUAUACAGUAUCUAAUAAGUAAUGAUGGUAUAGCGUGAUGAUGACUGUGAUGUGCCACCAAAACAUAGCAUAACGAUGAAGUGCAGUAAAAACAAGUGCUUAUGCCUUUCUAUCAUGGCAGCUGUGACAAUCAUUUCUUAAAGGUGUGGCCUCAUGAGGUGAGCUACACCCACAUUCCAGGCAUAAAGUAUUCCUCUGUCUUCUACUUCAUUGUAUGAUUUGUAAUAAUAAGUCAAAAAAUGGAUCUAUACAUUUGAAAAUUUGCUCCUAGCAGGAAUGUUUGUCCAGCACUACAGCGGGUAGGCUGGACAUAAAAAACAUAAAAAUGUAGUGUGAAAAUAUAAUCCUGCACGUACAAACCGAAGGACACACAGGAAACAUUUAAGUGAAACAGAAGUUCUUACUAAUUAAUUAACUGUCAUUAUUGAAUAUGAAAAUACUAUAUUAGCAUAAUAAAUAUUUUGAGGGCAAUGAAAGUGUCAGUACUGCUCCUCUGAUUGACACAGAAGUGAGCCAAUUGGGUGAAUUGUUAUAGAGCAGAGUCACCAAUUAGCACUGCUUGCUAGCUAACGGGGUGUCUUAGCCCAGACUGCUGUAGGGGGAUUCCUCAUCGAGGUUUUUUACUUUUUACAAACUCUAUUUUUAUGCUUUUUUUAUGCACUCUGCCACCUUGUUUGGAUUCUAAAUACAUGCCUUAAUCACUGAAAAAUUGAAAUGUGUACAUCAAAAACUGUUGCUUACUUGAUGAUGAGAGACACUGGUUGAAUGGAUGGUGAGCCAAGCUACAGAAAGUAGUUGGACUCCCAUUCUUCCUGCAUGCUUUUUUAGUUUUCAAUUCACCUGGUCUUUCAGAUUUAUACUAUUGCUGAACCUCUUAUUCAAAUCUCAGGCUCCUGUUGUCCUACUUCUUCUGACACUGGUCCACAUUCACAGUCUUAUUGAUAAGACUAUCUUAAUCCAGGUUGCACAUGGGGGUUGUGCAAUUAACCCUAUAUUUGAGAAGUAUCUAAAAUACUUUAUUCCCAGUGUGAAAUGUUCUCACGAAUUGAAUCCAUUCCCAUUGCAAGGAAUGAAAGCUCACCACAGCUGCUGUUCUUCAUUAACGAGCAAACUACAACAGCAGAAAAGAAAGCCGGUGGCUCGUUCCUUGUCCUCAUCAUCAUGUCUUCAUCGAAGGAGUAAAAGAAGAGGAAGAGCAUGAAGAAAAAGGAAGCUCAACAAGAAAAUCAAAAAUGUUCAAUUUUGUUUUGGUAUAUACAUAAUAAAAAACUUUUAUAUUCCAGCCUGCAUACUUUGUUCUUACUGCAUAAUUAUAGGGUAAAACGGGGAGUACAGUAGAUACUCGAUAAUCCAGCCCGCACAUGUAAUAUUAUUGUAUAAUUAUAAGGUAAAAAGGUGGCACCCCUGGUUAGGAGCUGCUGUGCAGUGUUGGACGAACAUCCCUGCUAGCAAGCUUCAUUUUUCGACAUAUUCAAUACAAACAAUGAAAUAGAAAAGGGCAAAAUCACUUGUUUUUAUAGCACUUAACAAACCUUUUGGUAGCACAUCACAAAUGAAGUACUUAAUUAGUGACUAGAUAAUGCAGAGAUGGUACUGCAAGAUGCUGUUGUCAACCAUUCAGCUCUUUUUACCAGCACUAUACCCCUUCUUGUGGUUUGCAUACGUUUAAGUACCAGUGGAAACCUGUAACUAUUUUAUACUAAGCACUGAUUCAUACAAUGAAUUUGUCGUAAAUUGCAGGAAGCUAUACAGUAUUAUAGGCAGUAUUAUGAAGUGUUAUAAGAACGCCUGAACAACUUAAAUUUGAAGCUUCAGCUGCAUUUUCAUCACGGACCAUGUCGUGGAAAAACAGUCAGAUAUUAAGUUCAAUCGAUUGCAGGGUCUACGAGGGCAACUAACACUUGGUACAAGUCUUCUUCAGCCAGUA